AUGGACACCAUUUCUCCGUUGCCCACAAGUCCCCAGGGGGCACAGUGGUGCAGGCGCUUCGCCCACGAGGGAGCAUGGCAGAACCGCCGACACACGAAGACAUGGACCACCUCGACUUUUGCUCUCCUAUUUCUCUCGAUAGCUGGAUUGGUGUUGACUGUCCCCUCCAUCGUCGCUUUCCCUGAGACCUUGUGGCGAUGGCUCGAGUUGGUACCAUGGAUUGUUUCAACGCUUCUAACGCUGAUCGAGCGACCUCGCACGACCUCGCAGACCUUGCUGGCUAUUUUCUGCGCUACUUUCAUCGGCGGUAUUUUCUCGAUGGCCACCGUCUAUACCACUCUCGAUCAUAUAAGCAUACUCCGCAUCGGUGGAGCUUGUGUCGCUCUUAGCGCUAUACUUGUUAUCCUCUCAAUGCCCAUGAGAGAUCCCACUUGGGAUGCUACUGGCAUCGCAGGGCGCCAUGAUGGGGCGACAGUUCAGCUGCGUAGUCCCGAGGACAACCUGACGCUCUGGCAAUUCCUGACGGUGUCGUGGCUCGCGCCACUGAUCAGGCUGGGAUCCCGGAAGCAGCUGAAUGAUGAGGAUGUUUGGUUGCUCCCGUACGAAUUCCAGCACACUAGGCUGCACAUGAUGUUCCGGGAACUCAAGGGUUCCAUAAUCAAGAGACUGUUGCUAGCCAAUGGCUUGGAUCUGAUCAUCAUCACCGUUCUGGGGGUUAUGGAGUCUGCAGCAACUCUAGCAAGCCCAGUCCUUCUACAGCGUUUGUUAGUAGCCAUCGAGGAUAUGGGAGAGAACCCCGAGCGCCGGGCAGAUGCUGUCGGAUUCGCCGUAGCUAUCCUAGUUUUGCGGCUUUUCGCCUGCCAAUCCUCUGUGUUAUCGUUGUGGUUCAGUCGCCGGUCCUACGAACGAUCCCGCGGCGAGAUGAUAACAACAAUCUACGCUAAAACGUUGACUAGGAAGUACCAGAGCUUCCAGCCCACAGAGAAGGACACUUCGCAUGUGAAUGGGAAUGUGUUGGAUGGCGAUGAACCGGAGAAGGGCCGCUUCGCUUGGCUCAUGACGCGGCUAAGGCUACGACGAGGGGGGUCAAAGAAGAAAAUUGCCCCAGCAAAACCCCCCGCGACAAUGGGCAAGAUCCUCAACCUGAUGAGAAACGACUGUUAUGAGGUUGCCCAGCGGUUUUGGGAUUUCCCCAGUCUUAUUACCAAACCACUGCAAUUCGUACUGUCGCUGGUGCUCGUAUGGUUGCUCCUUGGCUGGCCUUGUUUGCUGGGAGUGGCCUGGGUCGUCAUUGUUCAAUUGCUCAAUGCAACAUUCGUUCGUCAACUUAUCACACGCGAACGUCUACGAAGAGCUGCGACGGAUGCACGGCUACAAGCCACUUCGCAAUUCGUGGAGGCGAUCCGUCAUCUUCGGUGGUAUGACUGGCAGUCCAAGUGGCAGGAGAAGAUAAUGAAGGAGCGAGAUCAUGAGCUUCACUUGAAGAUCAUUACUGGGCUCUGGACUAUCGGUAUCGCGACGAUCAACGUUUCCGCUGGAGCCCUUUUCCCAAUCGCCAGUUUCUUCGCCUACACAUAUAUCGCUGGCAAUCGCUUGCCAGUCAACAUCAUCUUCCCGGCCCUUCAACUUUUCACCAUGCUGGAGAUGAGCUUGCAGGAACUCCCCGACCUUAUUACCAUGCUCCUCAAUGCCUCGGUGGCGGUGGGGCGUCUCGAGACUUUCAUGAAUGAGCCGGACAAAGAUGAAGGGUUCCAGGACAACGCAGCCUCUGAUAUCGUGUUCCGCGGUGCGUCUUUGGCUUGGCCUGGGACCAAUAAUCUCGUUCUGCACAACCUGAACCUAGACUUCUCAACUGGAUUAACCGUUAUCUGUGGUAAGGUAGGCUCAGGCAAGACCGCUCUCCUGCAAGCCAUUCUCGGCGAACUUGACAUGCAGACUGGCGAAUGCAGUAUCCCCGAUGAAAUGGUUGGAUUUUGCGCCCAGGCUCCGUGGUUGCAGCAUAUGAAUAUUCGAGAGAACAUUCUCUUCUGUGCGCCUUACGACCCCGUUAGAUACAAGCAGGUUCUGGAUGCUUGUGCUUUAACUCCAGACCUGGCCAACUUCAAACACGGCGAUCUUUCCAACAUUGGAGAAAAUGGUAUCGGCCUCUCUGGGGGACAGAAGGCACGAGUUGCCCUGGCCCGUGCUAUUUAUAGCCGAUCUCGAGUCCUGCUUCUUGACGACCCUCUCGCGCCCCUGGACCAUAAUACAGCGGAAAGUAUCGUCAAGAAAUUACUCGCCGGGCCGCUAGUUGACGGGCGGAUUGUGGUGCUUGUCACGCAUCGCGUCGAUCUCGUCACCCACAUGGCAGACAAGGUGAUUGAAAUCGACGGAGGACGAGCACGAGAGUUGGAUGCGGAUGACAUUCCCCAGAAGAUCACCAAUAUCCCUUCCAAGGCAAAUGGCCAUGCUGAAAAAGAGAACACCACCGAUGCUACCGAGGAGCAGGAGGGGGAUGCCAUUCCCGACAAAUUUAUUGAAGACGAAAAGCGGGUGUCAGGGGGUGUCGUGGCCUCAGUUUAUUGGGUCUACAUCAAAGCGGGUAAGCUAAGAUGGUGGUCCUUCUUGGUCGCCGUGUUUGCCUUGACGCGUUUUGGUCGUAUUUUCAACUCGUGGUUUCUCAAGGCCUGGGGUGAGGCCUACGGAUCGCCUGCACCUGCUGGCACCCAAGCCAAUACGUCUCCUUCUUCAUCAUUAUAUGUAAUGAUGUCCGAAUUGAGUGGUACUGUUGUGGCAUUAAACCUGCCCGCCGGAUCCAGUGGCUCCUUCGCAUCUGGUUUAUUCAACAGACUGCCUAACCCGGAUGACGAUGUUGGGCCCUGGCUGAUAUGGUAUUUGGGCAUUGCCCUUGUCAUGACGCUGCUCGUUGCCGUGGCACAGGGCUCGAUGCUUCUGAUUCUCUACACCGCGUCGAAGAAUAUGUUCGUCAGGGUUAUCCGCAAGGUCAGCAAUGCAAACUUCCGAUUCUACGAUGUCACCCCUGUUGGUCGUUUGAUGAAUCGCCUGACAAGCGACAUUGGUAUGCUCGACGGUGGCAUCAUUGGACCUCUGAAGAACAUGGCCUUGUAUGCCCUCAUCUGGCUCAGCAGCAUGGUGAUCAUCGCCCUGACUACUCCCGUCUUCUUCAUAUUCGCCCUUGCUAUGACAUGCGGAUUCGUCUACAUCUUCAGACAAUUCUUGCCCACCUCGCAAAGUCUUCGGCGGCUGGAGAUGGUGUCUUUGAGUCCGCUCAUGUCCAAUUUUGGCAUUCUUCUAGAAGGCCUUGCAACCAUCCGUGCUUUCAAGGCACAACCACACUUUCAGGACAGGAACAUCGUCGUAACAGACGCCUUUCAAAAGAUGGAUCACUUCUACUGGAGCCUCCAAUCGUGGUUGAUGUACCGCUUUGACGCACUCUCUGCAUUCUCGACUUUCAUUUUGACCAUCAUCGCCUUGUACAGGGAAUUCUCCCCUGGACUGACUGCUUUCGUCUUGGUCACGGCAUCGCAGUUUGUCGAAGCCACUCAUAGUCUAUGCAGGGUAUACGGUGAAUUGCAGAUGGACUUCGUUUCCGUUGAGCGAGUGGUGGAAUUGUUGGAUAUCGAGGAGGAACCCAGCGGUGACGUUGAGCCGCCAGCCUCGUGGCCUGCAUAUGGAGACGACAUCAGGUUCGACUCGGUCACAAUGAGAUACGCACCACACCUCGAUCCCUCGCUGUCCGACAUAACUUUCACCAUCCCUGGUGGCGCCACAUGUGCUGUUCUAGGAAGAACCGGUUCGGGCAAGUCAACGCUUGCUCUUGCCUUGCUCGCCACACUGCAACCUGAAAAGGGCACCAUCAGCGUUGGAGCUAUGGACAUAUCCAAGGUGAAUGUGCACACAUGGCGGCAGCGCAUCAGCUUUGUAGCCCAAGACCCCGUGUUGUUUCCCGGCACCCUCCGCCAAAACCUCGACCCGCUGGAAGAGCACACCGACGAUGAGUGCACUGCUGUGUUGCACCGUACCCUCGGCCCCGGAUGGAGCUUGACGUCCCAUGUUGAUGGUGGAGGGAAGAACCUCAGUCAAGGACAGCGCCAGCUGGUCGGCAUCGGGCGAGCCGUUCUGAGGAGGAGCCCAGUCGUCGUAUUGGACGAAGCGACGGCUUCAAUUGAUAAGAAGACUGCUCUGGCGAUUCAGGAUGUGCUGCGCGAUGAACUGAAAGAAAGCACUGUCAUCACCAUUGCCCAUCGGCUGGAGGCCGUCAAGGAUGCGGAUUACUUUGUGAGGCUGGAUGCUGGUAGAGUGGUCGAGUGUGGACCUGCUGCGACGGGGUGA